AUGGAGGCCAACAACGAUCACCUCGAGUGGGUUCCUGACGCCCCCAUGUACCCUCCUCCGUCUCCUCGAGACCAGCAUAUGCAGGCUUCUCAUUGGAAUGACCGAGGACACUCUACGCUCGCCGACGGCGCUUAUCAUCCUCCUUCCGACCGCGCAGCAUCUGCAAUCAGUUCAGACUGUGGUUCAACUGCCUAUUCGUUUACUGACCAGUCUUCUGAAUCGCAUUAUUCCCGCGACCGCUUUGCCGGCCAACGUAUGACGGGAACCACUGGCUUUGGCGGUUAUCCUGGUGCCAACCAACUUCCGGCGUAUCUUGGUAAUCCUAACGUUAAUCGAGCUCCCGAAAACCUCGGUGCGAAUGGCCCCAUGAACGGUCGUAUGGCUACUAACCAUUAUACCACCAACUACGGCGAUGUCAACCAGCGUCGCCACACCAUGGGUGUAGACUAUCGUAUGAAUAACCGUCAGGCGAUUCACCCCGGCAUGACCAACUACGAUUACGCGUAUCAACAGCCGGCGCACCCGAAUGCGAACUAUCAUAGUACGAUGGGCCAUGGCACCGCUCACGCUGAUCAAUCUAACUCGGCAACCCUCGUUACGGGAAACCCCAUCGCUAAUCGUCGUCAUCAGGCAUAUGGCGCUCCCGUUGGUCCACGUGUGGGAGGUUCCGUUCUUAUCCACCCUCCUGCCGGCUCCCAAGCUAACGGUGCCAAUGUACCCGUCGCCAACGGCAACGGCAACGCCAACGCCAACGCCAACAACGCCAACGCCGGUCCGAUUCAAGGAGCAGCCAACGGUAAUGCCGGAUAUGAGAGCUUAGAAUGCACCGAACCUAGCUGUACCUACAAAACAAGGGCUUCGAAACGUGCUCGAGGAUUCCUUGCCAAUCAUGUCCAUCAUACCCAUUGUGGUAAUAUCUGCAUGUUCGAACACUGUGGCCACCGCGAGGCAGACGACAAGCAAUUACGUAUUCACAUCAAGGCAGAGCAUAGUGCUCGAGUCUUGCGAACCGACGAGGGCAAGUGGAGGUGCCCAUGGCUCGGAUGCACCAAGAAGGCUUGUUCACGAAAAGGAAAUGCCGUUCGUUGUAUGUUCAUGCAUAACCACAUUAUGUUUAACGAGCAGCACGGAGCCAACCAACACUGA